AAUAUACUGAAUUAAGCUCCACAACUGGUUGAAAUUAUUCAUUGGUUACUUACGCAAAGUUGACUAUAUAAGGGAAUCAAGAUAAGAUGGAGAAACCGUACCUUGAAAUUCUAAUUCAACCGAAGCAAGAGGAUAAUAGAUUCCGCUAUGCCAGCGAGGGUCCAAUGGCUGGAAGCAUCCUUGGGGAAAACAGUACAGAAGAAAAUAAAACUUUUCCUACAGUUAUUGUGAGGAAUUGCGAUGAACUAAGUAGCCAGGCUGUGAUAGUUGCAUCUCUGGUAACCGUUGACAACCCUCCUCUCCCUCAUCCUCAUCAGCUUGUUGGAACGGAAUGUAAGAAAGGAAUCUGCACGGUGAAGAUCAAACGUGCGACUGGCAUGAAGUAUUGUUUUACUCAUAUUGGAGUCCAGUGUGCUACAAAGAAGGAAAUUAAACCCAAUCUUGAACAGAGACAGCAACUCAGAGUGGAUCCAUUUAACACUGGGUUCAAACACAUUGACAACAAAGGCAAGAUAGACCUAAAUGCGUGUAGGAUAUGUUUCCAAGGUUUCCUUCCUGAUGAAAAUGGGAAAUUUAAGCGAAUCCUCCAACCAGUCGUGUCCAAGCCAUUGUACAAUAAACGAAGCAAGAAUGAGCUGAUUAUAACCAAACAGAGUCAUUAUUCUGGCAAAGUCUCUGGAGGAACAGAGUGUAUCAUGCUCACUGAGAAAGUUAAAAAAGAGAGUAUACAGAUUAGGUUCUUUGAGGAGCAGAAUGGUUUAAUUUGCUGGACGGCCUAUGCUGACUUCAAGCCUGCAAACAUUCACCAUCAGGUUGCUAUCAUAUAUAAGACGCCGCCCUACAAAAACCCACAAAUAGACAAGCCAGUGACGGUGAAGGUGCAGCUGAGAAUGCCACCAGAUGGUGAGAAUGGAGAGAUGCUGAGUGAGCCACUCGCAUUCACAUAUGUACCCGAUGAUGGAGAUCCGCAUCAGAUCGGCAAAAAGCGCAAGAAGAUGCUACAUGAGAGCUUUAUGUCUGAUGAUUUGCCUGCCAAUCUUCCAGGACAGUCCACUACCCAGUAUGCCCCAGGCCAGAUACAGAGGCCCGCAAACAUCCCUCAGGGAACAGUCUUGGCUGAUAGAAUAAAAGCUAAGCCAGCUGCCCGGAAAAAGAAUGCCAAAAAUAUGGGAGAUGCAGUACCUUGUGAAGAGGCUGCAAUUUACCAUAGACCACCAAUGGGAACUGCAUACAACGAGCCUCAGUUCCAGACAACCAAUCAAAUGUACAACGAAGUUAACUAUGCUGUAACACAAGCCCCGGUUCAGAUGAUUCCAUCAAAAUCAAUGCCACAGCAGAGUCCCAUGUUAAGUCAGACCAUGCAGCAAGGUGACAGUGGUGAGCUGAUCUCCUCAAUGAUGACUGAGGCUGGAGAUACUGCCAGGAAUGGCCCAAUCACCUUGGAUACAUCUCAGUUGAAUGUCAGCUUUACUAAUCUUCUAGAAGGCACGCAAGAUCCAAACACACAGUCAGUACUGACAUUUGAUAAUCAGGAUGCCCUAACUGCAUUCCUAACAGACAAUAUUGCAAAUUUUCCAAGCAUGGAUACUGCGAGUCUUAACCAAUAUGUGGCAUCUUUAAGUGGUGAUUUGCUACAGAGUGGGCCAGGAGAUACUACUAACAUGGAAGUCGGGGCUAUGGAGAAUGUUACAAAUGUGGGAACUCCCAUAGCCCCACAGCAGGCUGGUGCUAUGAAGAAUGAUGAUAACGCACAAGUAGCAGAGAACAGUCCUGAUGACUUGACUGCAAGUGAGAAUUUGAGGGUAGUUCGUCAGUUUGUAAAUGAAAAUUUCAGUGCACCUGGGGGCAGUGGCCAGUAGUCGAUGCAAAGGAUUGGGGCCUGUUUGAGCAUGUAAAAGUGUGUUAUAAAACUGGACGAUAUGAGAAGUUGAAGGCCCCUUACUGAGAGCAUGAGCCAUACACUACAAUAACUGUGUUCAUUUAACACAAACCUUGCCAAAGCAUAACGUUUGUUGUUUCGUGAUCGAGGAUUGCGUCUCAUACCCAUUAAACAUGGUACAUGGUACAUACUCAAUGUGAUUGCAAUCUUGACUUCAAAAUGCUCUAAGGAAUUACUUUCAGAGAGGCUGUAUCUGGUUAAAGGUGUCCAUUAUUUUCAACAGGAUGAAUAAUAGUAAUAAGCAAAAAGAUGAACUGUAAGUUGAAAUA